AUGGAAGAGGCCAUCCUGCUCAAUCAAACAAAUUUAGUGCCAUAUUUUCAGCUUAGAGGUUUAACUGUAAAUCAGAAUGUGCAGAUGGCUGCAUUUGCCACGUUCCUCAUUUUCUAUGUCCUGACAAUGAUUGGCAACAUCCUCAUUGUCAUAACUAUUAUCUAUGACCAUCGGCCCCAUACACCCAUGUAUUUCUUUCUCAGCAACCUGUCCUUUAUCGAUGUCUGCCACUCCACUGUCACUGUCCCCAGGAUGCUGAUACACACCUGGUCAGAGGAGAAACUCAUCUCCUUUGAUGCCUGUGCAACUCAAAUGUUCUUCCUGCACCUCUUUGCCUGCUCAGAGAUCUUUCUCCUCACUGUCAUGGCUUAUGAUCGGUAUGUGGCCAUUUGCAACCCCCUGCAGUACAUGAUAGUGAUGAACUGGAAAGUAUGUGUGCUGCUGGCUGUGGCCCUCUGGAUGGGGGCCCUGACCUUCCUCACCAUCAAGCUGCCCUACUGUGGUCCUGAUGAGAUUGACAACUUUUUCUGUGAUGUACCUCAGGUGAUCAAACUGGCCUACACUGAUACCCACGUCAUUGAGAUUCUCAUCGUCUCCAGCAGUGGGCUGAUCUCCGUGUGUUUUGUGGUCCUUGUGUCCUGUGCAGUCAUCCUGGUGAGUCUGAGGCAGCAGAUCUCAGAAGGCAGGCGGAAGGCCCUGUCCACCUGUGCAGCCCACCUCAGUGUCACACGGUUUCUGGGACACUGCAUCUUCAUCUAUUCCCAUCCAUCCACCAGCCUCCCAGAGAACAAGGUGGUGUCUGUGUUUUUCACCGCUAUCACACCCCUGCUGAACCCUAUCAUCUACACCCUUAGGAAUGAAGACAUGAAGAACACCUUGAACAAGUUAAUGGGGAGGGUGGCGGGAAGAGAAAAAAAAUGA